AUGUUACCUCAGUAUAAAAAAGAAAAUGUUUAUCAAGUAAUGUUUAUUGGCAUUAAUAUGACAUAUUGGCCUAGUUAUUUACAAUUUAUUGUACUAUGUGGAGGUGUAAUGUUUUUUUAUCUAAUUUAUGCUUAUGUUCAAGAAUAUAUGUUUAAAGUUGAUGGUAUGAAAAAUCUUGGUUGGUACAUUACACUUAUACAAUUUUAUUUUUAUUCAAUGUUUUCAUGGAUUGAAAGAAAAUUAAAAAAAGAGAAAGGAAUGAAAAUUCCAAGAAAAAAAUAUUUUGAAAUUGCUUUUUAUACUGUUACAACAAUUGGAUUAAGCAAUGCCGCAACAGGAUAUUUAAAUUAUCCAACACUUGUUAUAUUUAAAUGUUGUAAACUUAUUCCCGUAUUAAUUGGUGGUAUUUUAAUUCAAAAAAAAAGAUAUGGAUGUUUAGAUGUUUUGGCAGCUUUUUUAAUGUCAUUAGGAUUAAUAGUAUUUUUUUUAGGUGAUACAAAAGUUUCACCAAAUUUUGAUCCAACAGGUUAUAUAAUGAUUUGUGGAGCAUUAAUUGCAGAUGCAAUUAUUGGAAAUGUUCAAGAAAGAGAAAUGAAAAUUCAUGGUUCAAGUAAUUCAGAAGUUGUCUUUUACUCAUAUACAUUUGGUUUUUUUUAUAUAUUAUUAUAUCAAAUUUUUACAAUGGAAAUUUAUACUUCUUUUAUUUUUUUAUUAGAUCAUCCAAGUCAAUAUAUAUUAAUAGUAAUCUUUUCAACAGUAGGGUAUUUAGGAAUUAAUGUUGUUUUAACUUUAGUUAGAACAUCUGGUGCAUUAAUGGCUGUUACGGUGACAACGUUACGUAAAGCAGUAACAAUAGUCAUAUCAUUUUUAUUUUUUACCAAACCAUUUACAAUAUAUUAUAUUUAUGGUGGAUUAAUAGUGUUAUUUGCAAUUUAUCUUAAUUUAUACUCAAAAAAUAAAAAUAAAUGGGAUCCAAUAAUAAGACGUUACAUGUCAUCAUUUAUAGAAAUCAAAAAUAUUUAUUUAAAAAAUAAAUUUGGUAGAAAUUUACCAAAUGCUUUAAAUGUUUAA